AUGAAAUUGCUGAUGAUGGCUUCAUGUUGCUUUACAUGUCAACUUGACCUUCUCAUGUCUAGUUCUUAUAAUUCAUUUUUCCCAUCACAAUGUGAAGUAAAAUAUUAUUUUUGUAGAAACCCUCAAGCACAAAGGGUUGUUGAAGAACUUAUUUGGGAUUAUUGCAAUUGGCCCUCGUUUUUGUCGACACCAGCAUCAAAAUUGAUUGCUUAA